GGCCGGGCCCCGCGCCGAGAGGCUGGUGGACGAAGCCGGGAUCACCUGCCCGCCUCGCCUCCUUGGCGCGUCCCGCCCGGCGGGGAAUCCCCUGGCCAGUCCGCCUUCCGCUCCCCGCCGCCGCGCCUCGCUCUCGGCCGCCUUCCCCAUGCUGCCCGCCCUGCGGGCGGCGCGCUUGGCAGGCGGCCGGACAUCCGCGCCCGCCCAGAGGAUUUUCUGCGCGGGCGGCCGUUUGCGCGCGCAGCGCCAACGCCGCUAGUCGCGCAAGAGGCGUCCGGCGCGGGAUCCCUCGCCCUCGGCGCCUCCCGCAGCGCGGCUCGGAGGGGCUUCCUCGCCGCCGCCGCUUUCCCGCGUUCGGCGAAAGGCUGCCGCCCGCCCGCCCCGCCCCGCCUCUUCCAUGAGCAGAGCGGGAGCGGCGGCGGCGGCGGCCGAGGCGGCGGCCCCAGAGCCUCGCUUCUCUUCCCCGCCGGGUUUAUGAAUGGCCUGGCCAUGGAGGACCUGCCGUUUCAGAAAGCCAGGAAGGCGAGCAAGAAGAAGUGCCUCCGCCGCUGCGGCUCCUCCUGCUGCUGCUACUGCCGCCGCUGCUCCGCAGCCUCCUCUCCUCCCGGGGCGGCGCCAGCGGCGGCGGGCGGCCAGAACGGCGGCGGCGGCGCCCCGGGAGCGGCGGCCGUCGGAGGGGCUCCGGCUGCGGCGGCGGCGGCGGCGCUGCUGGACGGCGCGUCGGCGUGCGAGGACCAGUUCGCCUGCAAGGAGCUGGAGUCGCUCUUCCAGAACUACAACCUGAAGCUGGAGCAGACCUCGACGCUGAAGGCGCUGGCCGUGCUCAUCGCGCUGACGGGCAGCCUGGCGCUGCUGGAGCUGCUGUCGGCGCCCGGACUCACCAUCUCGAAGGGCUCGCACCCGGUGCACUGCAUCAUCUUCCUCUCGCUCUUCAUCGUCACCAACGUCAAGUACCUGCAGGUCACGCAGCUGCAGCAGAUCGUCAAGCUCACCUUGCUCUUCAGCUUCACCUUCGCCUUCCUCUGCUGCCCCUUCUCGCUGGGUGCGCACGGCGCCGAGCCUCCCAGCGCCCCCGAGCAGGGCAUGUGGCAGCUGCUGCUGGUCACCUUCAUCUCCUACGCGCUGCUGCCCGUCCGCACCCUCCUGGCCAUCGUCUUCGGCGUCGUCGUGGCCGCCUCGCACCUCAUCGUCGCCCUCACUUCGGCCAGCGCCAAGAGGCAGCCUCUCUGGAGGACGCUUGUGGCCAAUGCUAUCCUUUUUGUCAGUGUAAAUUUGUAUGGGGUCUUUGUGAGGAUUUUGACAGAGAGGGCACAAAGAAAGGCAUUCCUUCAGGCCAGGAACUGCAUAGAGGACAGGCUGAAGCUGGAGGAUGAAAAUGAAAAACAGGAGCGACUUCUGAUGAGUCUUUUGCCCAGGAAUGUUGCCAUGGAAAUGAAGGAAGAUUUCCUGAAGCCACCUGAAAGGAUUUUCCAUAAAAUUUACAUUCAGAGACAUGACAAUGUUAGCAUAUUGUUUGCAGACAUUGUGGGAUUCACCAGCUUGGCAUCGCAAUGCACUGCUCAAGAAUUGGUGAAGCUUCUGAAUGAACUCUUUGGGAAGUUUGAUGAAUUGGCUACCGAAAAUCAUUGCAGAAGGAUAAAAAUCUUAGGGGACUGUUACUACUGUGUGUCAGGACUGACCCAGCCCAAAACAGAUCAUGCCCACUGCUGUGUGGAAAUGGGAUUGGAUAUGAUUGACACCAUCACAUCAGUAGCUGAAGCCACUGAAGUAGAUCUCAACAUGAGGGUCGGCCUGCACACAGGAAGGGUGCUUUGUGGUGUCCUGGGCCUUCGCAAAUGGCAGUAUGAUGUUUGGUCAAAUGAUGUGACUCUGGCUAAUGUAAUGGAGGCUGGAGGCUUGCCUGGGAAAGUGCAUAUUACAAAGACCACCUUAGAGUGCCUGAAUGGGGACUACGAGGUAGAACCAGGCUAUGGCCAUGAAAGGAACAGUUUUUUGAAGAAGCAUAAUAUUGAGACCUUUUUCAUUGUGCCAUCUCACCGGAGGAAGAUAUUUCCUGGUCUCAUUCUCUCUGACAUAAAGCCUGCCAAAAGAAUGAAGUUCAAGACUGUAUGUUAUCUGCUGGUUCAACUUAUGCAUUGUCGUAAAAUGUUCAAAGCUGAGAUCCCUUUCUCCAAUGUGAUGACUUGUGAAGACGACGACAAGAGGAGGGCAUUGAGGACAGCAUCAGAAAAACUCAGGAACCGUUCCUCUUUUUCUACAAAUGUUGUGUACAACACUCCUGGAACUCGAGUGAAUCGAUACAUUGGCCGUUUAAUAGAGGCCCGGCAAACUGAGUCGGAGAUGGCAGACCUACAUUUUUUCACCCUGAGGUACAAACAGAUUGAGCGCGAGCAAAAAUAUCACCAGCUUCAGGAUGAAUAUUUCACCAGUGCUGUCGUCUUGUCAUUGAUUCUAGCUGCCUUAUUUGGCCUUGUCUACCUUUUAAUAAUCCCACAGAGUACCAUCGUGCUUGUCCUUCUGGUGUUCUGCAUAUGCUUCCUGGUGGCAUGUAUCAUGUACCUGCAUGUCACCCGAGUACAAUGUUUUCCAGGGUGCCUGACAAUACAAAUUCGAACAAUUUUAUGUGUUUUUAUUGUAAUAUUAAUUUAUUCAGUGGCACAAGGCUGUGUGGUUGGAUGUAUGCCUUGGGUUUGGAGUACUAAUUCCAGCAGCUCCAUAGUUAUCAUUUCUUUGAGUGGGACAAAUAAGACAAUGAGUGAACUUCCGUGCGAUGCAGCCCAUUAUGCAUUUCUCUCCUGCGUUGUGGGGACUCUGACCCUGGCAAUAUUUCUACGCGUAUCUUCCUUGCCAAAAAUGAUCCUCCUGCUUUUUGUUACAAUUUUGUACAUAGUCAUUUUGGAACUCAGCGGAUACAGAAAAGCAGUGGGGGGUGGCUCUUUUUAUAUUCGUGGCUAUGAACCCAUCUUGGCCAUCUUGCUGUUUUCCUGUGCUUUGGCACUUCAUUCCAGGCAGGUGGAUUUGAAGCUACGUCUCGACUACCUCUGGGCUAUGCAGGCAGAAGAAGAGAGAGAUGAUAUGGAAAGAGUGAAACUGGAUAACAAAAGAAUUCUCUUCAAUCUUUUGCCAGCACAUGUUGCACAGCAUUUUCUCAUGUCUAAUCCAAGGAACAUGGACCUAUAUUACCAGUCCUAUUCACAAGUGGGAGUGAUGUUUGCUUCCAUCCCAAAUUUCAACGAUUUUUACAUUGAACUGGAUGGCAAUAACAUGGGAGUUGAAUGUUUACGCCUCUUAAAUGAAAUUAUUGCAGAUUUUGAUGAGCUUAUGGACAAAGAAUAUUAUAAGGACAUUGAAAAAAUCAAGACGAUUGGCAGCACAUACAUGGCAGCCGUGGGACUUGUACCAACUACUGGCACCAAGGCAAAGAAAUCAAUUUAUUCCCAUCUCAGUACACUGGCUGAUUUUGCAAUAGAAAUGUUUGAUGUUCUUGAUGAAAUCAACUAUCAGUCUUACAAUGACUUCGUUCUUCGGGUUGGUAUUAACGUGGGCCCUGUAGUGGCUGGGGUCAUUGGUGCUAGAAGACCACAGUAUGAUAUCUGGGGUAACACUGUAAAUGUUGCCAGUAGAAUGGAUAGUACUGGAGUGCAAGGUAAAAUUCAGGUUACAGAAGAAGUCCAGAGGAUACUGAGGAGGUGCAGUUAUGACUUUGUAUGUCGGGGUAAAGUCAGUGUCAAAGGCAAAGGUGAAAUGCUGACCUAUUUCCUAGAAGGAAAGGCCAAUGGAAGCAAUUCGCUAACACGGUCAUUUAACUUAGAGCGGAAAAUGUACCCUUAUGGGCGAGCAAACAUUCAGACUAAACUGGGCACCAGUUGCCCAUCUAUGUCCUCAUCUCCCAGCCUUUCAGCAAAUGCCGUUGCUGGGACACUUCAAGCCCCGUCCACCCACACCAAUCUGACGCUGCACUAUCUUCCCUCUGUGCCGGCCAUAAAAGAGGCAUGAGAACCAUGAAGAUUUUGGCUGGGCCAUUGCAGUGAUCGCAGAGAGCAGAGGUCACCUGGAUUUUCACAAGGAAGCUGAAGACUACAGGAUUUGGUGUCAACUAAGAUGUCUACAAUCCAACCAAAGAGAACCUGGGAACACCGUAUAUGAAUUUGUGGAUCAAAUAAGGGCUAGCAAUUCUGUUAAGAAAAGUCUACUGCUGAUUUUCUGAAGAAAAGGAAAAUUUUAUCAGCAAAUCUAAAGGGUAAAUGAAUUAACAGAAAAAGUCAUGGUGAGACUGGCUGUGUGUGUGUGUGUGUGUGUGAGAGAGAGAGAGAGAGAGAGAGAGAGAGAGAGAAAGAAAGAAGAAAGAAAGAAAGAAAGAAAGAAAGAAAGAAAGAAAGAAAGAAAUUGUCAAUUUUUGGCAAAUCCUGCGAUUGGUGACUGUCGGUAUUCAUUCAGAAAACUAUAAAAGCAAUGCUGGAAAUAAUAGUGACACAACACAGUUGAGAGAGAAGGGUGAUGUGUGUAGAUACAUGUAUCUAAUGCACACAUCUAUAUAUAUAUUUAUAUAUUUCCUAUAUAAAGAUGGGAGAGGUUUAUAGUUAUAGAAAAUUGACGUCCUGCAAUGGCAAAGAGGAAGAAUGCUCUUAUAAUCAUAUCCAAUGUGGUUGCCUCUAAAAUGUCUGUAGCUGAUGUUUGAGGGAGGGCGUGUAAGGACAAAUGAGACAUAUCUGAGGUUUAAGGAAGCAGUGUAGAGUCCCUUCACACAACAUUUGGGGGGGGGCAAGAAAUUUUUGGCAAUGUCUUUAAUAUAGGAAGUAGCAAGUCCUCAGGUAAACAAAUGUAGUUCUUUAAAAAAAUGUGUUUUUUCAAAUAUUUAACAAUGAGUCUUUGAUGAGGCUGCAGGUCGAUUCACUGGAAUCUAUUGUAAUAAAUCAGAAUCUAGCUUUGUAAGACUUCAUUCUCACUCUAGAGAGGCAGCUGCUGCACUCUUAAGAGGUGGUCUGUGUGAUUGGAGUUUCCAUGUGAUUUCUGGGCUAAGCCUAACUUGCCUCUGGAUAAAUGCUGCAAAGUGGCAGGCAUAGGAAUGCCAAGAGAGUAUUAAGGUAGGAUUUAUGCCUUUUCAGCAGGUCAAACAGCUGGCCAUUUGUCUGUAUAGUCUUUUAUUAGAAGCAUUUGCCAACAUAUGCAUUUAGGUGAUUCAGUUCCACUGAAUAGGAGAAUUCUGCUCAUGAACAGAACUUGUUCCAUUCAUGAAAUGGAACAUUUGGAUCUCUCCAUAUUGUUUGAUGCCAGAGUUUUGCAGAACUCUGUUUCUGCACAAGGGUUCUUCUCACCUGCCAUUUGGAGAUUCUCACCGGCAAACUUAGAGUGGAGACUUCAUUUGUUUGUUUUCUAGAUCAGAUGUUUAACCUGAUAUUUUCAUAGGGUGACUCAAUAAUGUACCAGCACAUCUUUUUGCACAAUAUUGAUUCGGGUGUCUCGAAUGGAAGUAAUAUCUUUUCAUAAUAACAUUGCAAAUUUGACCUCUUUGGGGAAAUGUCAGCCCACAGGGUGGGCUGUGUAUGUUUGUGUGUUGCACAUGGAUGCAUACUUUACCCAUUUUCUGAUCUCAUGAGUAUUAAUUCAUGCCAUUGUAUGCAGCUCACCUGGGAAGCCCUAUUAAUACGAGUGGGAUUUGCACAAGAGCAAACGUUCUCCUUUGUAGCUCACCCCCGUUUUGGCACUUGCUCUUCAGUAAGAUGGUUGCAGUAGAUCAAAUACCAGCAGGAAGUGCAAGGUCUGGGAGCCCAGGAACCAGCUUCCCUGCUAAAGUGUGACUAGAGAGUGAUUUGGAAACAGCAAGAGGAAGGGGGCUCAACCCUUAUCUUUCCCAGUGCCCUUUCUCCUGAGCCAGCUUUCCCUUGCUAGAGUCCGUUUUCCCCAGCGGACAACCUGGCAAGGAGAAUAUCCAGAGGUUUGUUGUUUAUGUUUCCUCCUCCCCUAAACUGCAUUUGUCUUAAUCCCCAUCAGCAUUACUUACAGGAACUAUAGUCUGGUUGGAAACAACUGCCACUUUCUUUUCUUACUGUGAGGAAAUGCCUCGUGUUGUAGUUUGGCACAUCUCAAGAACAGCUACAUGAAACAACCUUUGGGAAGCUUUCUUAAUUGACUUUUAGUGAGUUCUUUCUUGUAUGCACAGGAAGUUGGAAGCAACAGUGUGCUAAAACCAGUAGAAUUCUAUCUAAAGCUGCUAAAAGAUGUUGGAGAGCUUGGUGCAAUAAUUUGGUGUCUCAAAAUAGUCUAGGGGCACCACCAAACUGCUCUCUUGCCUGGUUUCCAUUCAUUUCAUUGCAGCUUUUCCAGAAGUUGUUGGUGAAUCCACAGCUUGUGCCCACUUUUAGAACAGUCAUUUCAGUGUGGUGAUCAUCUUGUUAAUCUUAAUUUCAAAAUGCAUACGUCACUAUUGCUAGCACAAACAGGCUUCUGAAGUGGCUUGUGAUAACAAUUGGAUAGGAUUUAUAAUCUGCUUUAGGUCAAGAGAAAAACUUACACCUGUUUCAUUAAGCUCUAAGACAAGGGGGUAAAUCUCUGGUCCCCCAGAUGCUGGUGAACUGCAACUGACCUCGUCGCUGGCCAUUGACUAGGCUGGCUCAGGGGAGUCCAGCAACAUCUGGAAAACUCUAUGUUCCACAUCUGGGAUCUAGGACAUGACAACUUUUACCAGGGGGUUAAUAGGAACAUCUGUUGUCAAAUAAAGUCUUAGUUCCAUUGAGCCAAUAUUACACCUCUGACAUGAUUUAAAACUGUUAUAUGGUGGAUUUGGGGGAGCAAACAUUUUCGCUUCAAAAAAGGUUAAUUCCCCCUCCAAUGUUUCCCUUUCUCCCCAGUUUCGAAAAAAAAAUUCCCCCUUGGGUCAAAAAUGGGGGGGGGGGAUUUUUAUGGGGGAAGUGUAGAAUUUCUCAUUGAUAGUGCAGGGGAAGAGGAUAGUAAUUCAGAGCAGCCAAGACACUGCAGAUCAGAGGCAACAGAAGACAGACCCUGUCUAUACAGUAGAUGUCUUUACACACCAAUGCUAGAAGCCUCCCAGCCAAGAUGUUCUUAAGAGGAUGGAAUUAAUAUAGUGGGUGAGAACCAGUAGAACAUGGCUCUCUCUGGAUACGAGCUCCCCAGGAUGUGCAGGAGGUGGUGUUGCUCAGUCCUUCAAAGAGAGCAUGAAGUCCAGCAAGGGGCAGGAAAUGUUGUUGUGGCGAGUCUUCCACCACUUUCAGGUAGGUGGGGCAUUCAUGUGUUCCAGUCACAGCAAAGCAGUGACAUUCCCCAUGGGGAUGAAAUGAACAUGACUUGCUCAUAACACUCUCAUUGUUGUGUUUGUGGUCCCUGUCCAGCAAAGGUAAAGAAUUUAGAGCAUUGCUGACUUCAUUCUUCACUACAUAAAUGGUGAACUUACUUGUACUAUUUCUUCCUCCAUUUGGAGAUUUAUAACUCGAUGAAAGCAGGAAGAUGUGGUCCUGGUUCUCUCCCCCCCCCCCGCCCCCAGUUCAGGGCAUGAUGCAGAAUUAUUAAAGGUGAAGAAUUCUGGUGCAGGGAACUAUACCAAUACUUUUUGUUUUGUUAGGAAUUUGUGGGUUUAAAACUUGGCUUUGGGCACAUGUCAUGGAUGGCAUAGAAAACAUAUCAGCUAGGAAGCUAGACAAUAACUUGGUUGCCUCUUCUCAACAAGAUCAAAACAGCAUCACCAGACUCCACCCAGAUACAAAUAAGCCCAGUCAAACUACUGAAUGGCACUGGCCUAGUGGUGGGGUACCUUUUCUGGUGAGGAGACCCUACCUCCAGUUGUUGGAGGUCCAAAGAGCAGCACUGGCCUGUUUGAAAGUCCUUUUGCAAACAGCUCCCCAUGGAACCUCUGAAAACUAGAGGUUUAAAGAGCAGCAUGAGGCUCUUUGCAAAGGGGAUUUUGAACAGGCCCACACUGGGCAUUGGCUGCAUGUACCUGGUCCCAGCAGGAGAACUGAGCAGGAUGUAACCAGUUAAUCACCAGUGGUUAAAUCCUGCUGCUUUGACUACAUGUAUCAGUUCCCAGCUGGGAAAGUUGUGCUCGCAGCUGACACAGAAUCAAGCCCCACCCCCCACACUCAUCAGUUGUCAUUGCAGCCCCCAUCCAAGUGACAUCCAAGUGAUUGGCAGGUGGGCAUGGCUUAAUUUUUUAGAGGCCCUGAGGGGGAAAAUUGACACCCACCCACGCACCCUUAAUGGGUCAAGACUGGCCCAUCAAAAGCUUCCUCGCAAGGUGGCAUGAAAAUGUUUGCUUCCACCAUUUGGCUCAUUUCUAACUGAAAAUGUGACUUUGUGUGUGUGCUUCUCCAGUCCAUGUCCUAAGAGAAAGCUUGUAAUGCCUCAUAAAAGACCUGGUUCUUUCCUACAGUGCAUGGAUGUGAUUCCCAUUUUCAUGAAGUAAGAUCAAAUAGAUUCAUAAUAAGAGCAGCCACCUUCAUUGGAUAUGGAAUCAUAUGAGCAGCUGUUUUAAAAUACUGUCAUUUGGCAAGCUAUUUAUUAGGGGUCCGUCAAUAGCAAGCACAAUAUUUCACAUGAGUUGCACAAUUUUUCUGUUAAUAAGGUAUUUGUAAUAAUUAAAAGCCUUUUAUUGGAGGUCUUUGGGGAAACUAAUUGCAAAUGUUCCUGUGGUAACUUUUUUUAUUCUUAUCUUGGAGAUUAUGAACAGACAUUGAAUUCUAUUAUUAGUUAAGUACUUGCAAAUAUUUCAAUAUUUGAAUCAGCCACACAUUAAAAAAGAAAAUAAUUUCAGUGCUGGGGAUAUUGAGGAUUAAGUUUUGAUUCCAAUGAAUUCCAAAAUCUGCUGUUUGUCUUACAUUUGAAUGGUGACUGUAUGCAUUAAAGGCAGGUUUGGGUUCACAUCUUCUGCCUUGACAAUACAGAUGAGGAAAUAAUGUGAGGAAAUAACAGUGUUAUUUAAAAA